AUGAAGAUGAGCUGCAUAAGGCGCCGUCCUUUGUCUCCAGCCAGAUCUUCCAGAACGCAUAUUUCGAAACCCUUCCUCGGUUCCAGUUCCGUUUUAUUUCUCCAUAUCGUUUUCAGUCUAUUUUUUCGUAAGUCUACAGCGGUAAAGCUGACGUCACCUCUUCUGGGAAGUCCUCAAAUCGUCCAGCAGAGACAGGAACAAUUUCAGCAUCCAACAACACGGCUUUGUAGCCUCCAUGAGAAUACUAGCAAUGUUGAACCGCGACAGGAACAAUUUCAGGAUGAGACCGAUUUUCUACGGAAUAUGGAGCGCACCUUCCUCGGAAAACACAAUGCAGUCGUCGAUCGCAUCACUUCCAUGUAUCCAAAUCCAAGUUCUGUGAAAGAGGAGAGCGACCAACAAGAACGCUUUCUUAUGAGCAGGCACACAAUGAUACUCUCAGUCUCAAACUCAAAAAGUCAAUUUAUUGCUUCUAUCUAUUUGCAGAAGCACAUUAAACAUUCGCAUUCCUUUAUUUGGGAAUUAUAAGUACGUAGUAAUCCGCUUCCGCUUCCAUCUGUUACAAAGGAUUUUUCCUUCUGUAGAACAAGAAGACUUGGAGUAGUGGUCUCUAACGUUACAUAUAAUACAUUCGUCGAGCAUGACGAUGGCGUGGUACCAGUCCAGCGGACUAGCGUAUUCGCUGGCGUGGCAGCACUACGGAUACCAGAGUUUUAUACGCCUCCGCAUUCGCUGGCUCCACGUCCGAACGAAGCAGAGGAAAAGACUCGGUUUCUAUUGAAGAAUCUACUAUCAUCUAAGAGUAAGAAGAACUUGUUGUUGAUGAGCAACAGCGGAGAAGAGAGCAACAGCAGACGAGAGCAACAGGGACAGGAGCAUCGGCCGACUUCAUCAACAAGAAAUGAGUGCUGUCCAUCGCACGUCAAAAAGAAGAAGAACAUUCUGCCACAACUUCGACAAGUAGAAGUUAGAAGGAACCUGCGUCGCGCAUCUGAAUCGUUUGCAGGGUUGAACGAAAAUCACCAUAAAGCUACAAAGAUGGUCACGGUCGCGCGCUCUUUAUGGCCUCUGGUUGGCGGAUCGUUAUUUCAUUAUUUGGCGGUUGUUGGGUAGUUCUUUUUUCGAAAAAAAACUAGCUCUCUUCGGCAUAGAAUACAGCAAACGAUCCCAUCAUUAUCUUUGCUCUAGUACGGAGCUACAGCUAGUGUAAAUCUUUGAUUAAUCACCGUCUAGUCCAACAUACACACAUUACUACUAGCUGCUCCCUUCUUCAGCAGCAUAGAAUAUUAGGAAGAACCCGAAAAUCGCCCCAAGAAUCGCAAUCCAGUAUCUUCAUCUUUCCUUCACCUUCAUAUUGACGCUUGAAAGAUUUGGUGCAUAGCAUGUGCCGUCCUUCGCUGGACGACUCAAAGAUGAGAGUGCCACAGAUGAUGCAAACGGCCAUUAGUUUCCGCAGACAAGAAUUCCGGAGACUACGACACGAAGCCGCUUUGACAGAAAAGACACUCCUGGAGUUUCGGAGCGAAUUGCUCGACUGGGAGGUGUUGGAUUUAUGUUGCAAAAAAUGAUAAUAGAGUAGUUUAUAGAACGGGUGUAGGAUGGCCUUGGAUGGAUCGGAUGGACCCCCCUGAUUCUUCCGAUCCUACUUGAAAUGGUGAAAGUCCAUCCGAUCCAUCCCAUCCCGGAUCUGGCACCCCUAUAAAGUGCUCGAUGAUAAGAAUAAGUCGCUCAUCGUUGCUUAUACAUAGAUACAUGGAGAUGGAUGAUAAAGAUAAAGCAGAGAAUGUAUGGUUCUGGCAUUUGGUAACCUGAAUUUGAUCAUAAGGGUUCUCUUCUUGUUUUCCCUUAUGAUCCAAUUCAGGUUACCAAAUACCGGAACCCUUCAGCGAAGAGAUUCAGGGAAGUCGUAGGUCCAACCCGAAUCGACUAACAUCAUCAUCAACGAUAAAGUAGACCAGUCGCCUCAUAGAAUGACUCACGACCACCUUCCUUAUUGAAGCGUACGCAAAAAGGCUCUAACCAAUCCACUUGGCUGUACAUUCGGACAAGCUUCCGGAUUGCGUGCGAUGUGCUCCCACCACCGGGUACCGGCGAAUGUCGAGAAGUUAAUACAGCAACUUCUAUGCAAAACAUCAAGUGAAGAAAAUGAAGAGGAGAUCGAGGAACAAGACGAGCCUGAGAUGCAGUAAAGGACCUUCCGGCUCCACCGACUGAGUGUGAACGUGAAGAGUCGUGCAUGAUCUACUUUUAGUCAUAUUACCUGCACUUAGAAUUAAUUACUAGAUCCGCAUUAUAUUAAGUUCCAAUCACACAAUCUUAGAAGACUCCAAGAGGUUGAAUCUCCUAGAGUUUGAGUACCGAACAGAUGUCGUGACGCUGUAAUAAUAUUUGAUGACUCUGACGUCUGCGAAAUUCAAAUCGAAACACAUAAUAGUACAACACAAGAGCUAUAGUCGGGAGGCUAGAUGUUGUAGCACGUGCAAGUGCUUACUACAAGAUCCUCGAUAUGAUUCAUCUACAUCUCCAUCUGUUCUUACACCACAACUAACUACGCACUUAUUAUUGGAUACUACACGACCGAAACCUAUGUCAGCGAACAACAACAAACAUCAACAUGAACAUGUUUCGCUUUAAUAGAAGAUUAGAUACCAUUACACAUUCUUCGAAAUUUAUUGAUGCACAACAAUUUGAAAAAAAAAAUAUUUUUCAGCAAAGCACAUUCAGAUUCACAAAAUCAACA